UAUUUCCGUUUGAUCUUUGCAAAGAAAGAAAUCCGUGGUCGUACAAUAGAGAGAAAGAAUGGCGAACACGGCCCAUCUCGUCCGGCGGCAAAGCUCGCGCGAUUUGAAACCCCAGAAAAGCGUGGACAAACUCGAAAUGAAGGAAAUGAGAGGAAGAUUAGUGGUGGAGAGUAGAAAGACUAUCACCACUGCCAAUUACGGGGCCACGAACGCAGCCUUUGAGGACUCCAGUCCUAACACGAAAAAUAAAACGGGGAAUGGGGGCGGAGGCAAUAAGCUCGGGAGUAAUGAAGGAAAAGCGAUUUUUCGACCGGAAGCGGGGGAGGACGAAAGAGAAAAUUGGGAUAGUAAGCUUACUUUUCUAUUAGCAACCGUUGGAUACGCCGUGGGGCUUGGAAAUGUAUGGAGAUUUCCGUAUCUCGCUCAAAAAAAUGGUGGAGGUGCAUUUUUAAUCCCUUACUUUGUAAUGUUGGCUAUCGAGGGUAUUCCCAUAUUUUAUCUGGAACUGGCAAUUGGCCAGAGAUUACGAAAGGGCGCUAUCGGUGUUUGGAAUCAGGUUUCUCCGUAUAUGGGCGGGAUCGGUGUGAGCAGUGCCGUAGUUUCCUUCAAUGUAGCCCUGUAUUACAACACUAUCAUCGCUUGGUGCCUCUUCUACUUUGUUCAAAGUUUCCAAUCAGAGCUACCGUGGGCGGAAUGUCCUAACGUAUAUUUCCAGAACGGCUCGUACGCGCCUGAACCAGAGUGUGUGGUUAGCAGUCCCACGCAGUACUUCUGGUAUCGGACAACUCUGAUGAUCUCCGAAGACAUCAAUACCCCAGAAGUGUUUAAUUGGAAGAUCGCUCUGGCAUUGGUGAUUGCAUGGAUUCUCGUUUAUAUGUGCAUGAUCAAGGGAAUUGCAUCUUCAGGGAAGGUCGUGUACGUGACCGCUACAUUUCCAUACAUUGUUCUCAUCAUUUUCUUCUUCCGUGGAGUCACCCUGACAGGGAUGUCUGACGGUCUGCGACACCUUUUUACACCAAAGUGGUGGAAAUUAACUGAUCCAGUGGUGUGGCUAGAAGCAGGCACGCAGAUAUUCUUUUCCCUCGGUUUGGCAUUCGGCGGUCUGAUAGCGUUUUCUUCGUACAAUCCUGUGAACAAUAAUUGCUAUCGAGACGCCAUUAUGGUCAGUUUGACGAAUUGCUUCACUUCGAUGUUCGCUGGGAUUGUCGUGUUUUCUAUCAUCGGUUUCAAAGCUACCAUGGUCUACGAACGUUGCCUGUCUGAGAGGAACAGCACUCUCGUCAAUAUCUUCGGUCAGAUAGAUAAAAUACCAGAUGAAAUACCAGCCAGCGGCACAGUUCUGAACAUGACUGCAGAAAAUGGAACGUUGGACAGCUUGAUCAUGCCAGAUCUACCUGAAUGUGAUCUCCAGAAAGAAUUGGACAACUCAGCAUCAGGCACAGGUUUAGCGUUCAUCAUCUUCACGGAAGCGAUUAACCAAUUCCCUGGAGCUCAAUUCUGGUCCGUUUUGUUCUUCCUUAUGUUAUUCACUCUGGGCAUCGAUUCUCAGUUUGGCACCCUCGAAGGAAUCCAUCUUCCGUAAUUCGAUUAAAAGUUUGCCAAAUGAAGUUUCACCGUUUCUUCUUGUUUGAAAACAACAGGUGGCAUUUGCUUGGUUUGCUGCAUGAUCUCCAUGGCUUUCGCCCAUGGUGCCGGUAGCUACGUUUUCGUGCUGUUCGACAAUUUCAGCGGGAACUUUCCCCUCUUGAUAAUCGCCUUCUUCGAAUGUAUCGCUGUAUCUUACGUGUACGGUUUGAAGAGAUUCGCCGAUGAUAUUGAAUUGAUGACUGGCAACCGUCCAGGCCUUUAUUGGCUAAUUUGUUGGAAAUAUCUCAGCCCGUUGGCUAUGCUGAGCAUUUUAAUUGCCUCGAUCGUGGAAAUCCUCGUCGAUGGAAGUGGUUAUCCAGCUUGGGUUGCCAGCAAAGGUAUUACAGAGAAACACGAGUGGCCAGUUUGGGCUUUGGUUCUCAUUGGCGUUCUUAUUCUCGCGUCUGUUCUAUGGAUUCCUACCGUUGCUAUUUGCAGACUUUUCGGUAUACUCAUCAUCGAGGAUAACGAGAAAGCCUGGUUCCCCGCGGCUGACUUGAAAGAAUUCCACGGAAUCGUGCCACACGAAGUCACUCCGGCUGAGACUCUGUUAUUCUGCAUAAGAAGCGACGGAUCCGAGGGUCUCUGUUGCCCUACCGGCGGUCCCAGCGACGACGACGAAGAUCUCACCUAG